GUCCAUGGAAAGUUUUACAAAAUAGUAAUGGAGUGGUGCUAACCCUGAUUUACCUAGUAUUUUGCCCACGAUGUGGGUCUUAAAAUGUUUUCUCAGUUUUAUACAUCUACUGUUGUACAUAAGAUGGAUCAUAGCUAUUUUAUUUGACGGAAUUAGGAGUUAUUUCUCGGUCAGUUCGAGAACGUGUACACAUGGAAAUAUUAAGAACGAUUCACUAAACCUUAAGAAACUUCCAAGACACAUCAGUUUCAUGGUUCUAGAGUCCGAUAUCAGUUUUGUAGACCUGGCUCAACUUAUCGUCUGGUCAAUGGCCAUGGGAAUUCCUUACAUCAGCGUUUACGAUAAAGAGGGCAUACUAAAGAAGAAUGUUGCAGUCUUCUCAAGUGAAAUUAUUCGGAAGCAAAAAGAAGUUUUUACAGAUGAAUCCAGCAAAUACACAUUUGUUCUGAGAACAAAAGACGUUAAAUUCGAUUGUGAGAUCCUUGCACCAACACAAGUGUGUAUCAGCUUGCUGUCUGAGCAGGAUGGAAAGGGAGACAUUGUUGAUGCUGCAAGGGAGUUUUGUAAGGGAGUCCAACUGAAGCAUAGAACACCUAAACAAAUGGAGCCAGAUGUUUUCAAUGGUAUUCUAAAAGCAACAUGUGGAAUACCAGACCCAGAACUUGCCUUAAAGUUUGGUGAUGUACAAAUGAUAAUGGGUUUCCUUCCAUGGCAAACUCGCCUCACAGAAUUUCAGCCUUUAAGAAGUCACAUCAACAUCAACUAUUCCACUUUCCUUUCAUCUCUUAUAAAAUAUGGAAAAUGUCAACAAAGAUUUGGCAAAUGACAAGAAAUAUCUCUAGUGCUAAAAAUGUUUGUAUUACAAGAGAAUGAUUAAACCAAUUUUGGCAUUAUUUUUAUCAAAAUUUUGUAUAAAUAUUUAUAAAUACUCUUAACAUGUUUGGUUUUAUCCUCCUCCUCAAGUAAAUUCUGGGUACCUUAUCAAAGGCAUAUAUUCUCUGUUAUAAAUUAUCUGAUCAG